AUGGUACAGGUGGCAGGAGGCGCCCGUUUGCGCGCCUCCUCGGCCGCAGGUCCUCUGUGCCUGGCCCUCUUGCUCCUCGUUGGCCCGGCCGUGUGCCAGGAGAUGUUCUGCAACAACCCGGCCGGAGUGGGCCUGGCCGCUUCCGACACCGUCGUCACGCUGACGGGAGCCCCCUCAGAUUGGGUGCGCAUGGGCAUUGGUAGUCGUGAUAACCCAACUCCAAGCUUUGAGGCGAUCAGCAAUCCCUUUGUCAUCGGCAAACCGAGCUUUCCGCUGGCCAAGGAAUGCAACGAGGAUCGCCUCAGCGUGAGUACCGGCUCGACCACCCUCACUGUCAAUCUUGACACGAUGAACUGGACCCUCUCCACGGCCGACAACGUGCGCCUGCUCAGCUCAAACAACCUUUUCCAGAUCAGCGACACCUCCACUGUCGUGUAUCUUGGCCCGAGCCGAGGUGCCAUCUACGGCUCUCGGCUGCCAGCCUAUGAAGAGAGCACCAGCCUCACUGCCUCCGCCGGUCUCGUUCGCGCUGCCACCAACAGUGCCGACUUGCCUAGCUUCUGGCAUUCGCAGGGCUACAGUGUUUUUCUUAUUACUCAGAGCGGUUCAAAGGGUGACAGCCCCAACAGCCUGCCUCUCUCCUGGCUGGUCUCCCCAGACUCGGGCCUGCUUUCCGCCUCGGCCCCUGCCCUGCGCUUUGACAUCUAUCUACGGGCGGCAGCGGACUUGGACGAUCAUAUGCGAGGCCUCUAUCGCCUUAUUGGUCCACCAGUCCUUCCUCCUCUGCCCGCCUUUGGCCUGCUGCUCACACAAUCCGGUGAAUUUAGCGCGGGGGGCAGUGCCUUUGCCGUCGUGCGCGAUAUGCGCUCGGCGGGUGUGCCGCUGGACGGCUUCUUCGCCAACUAUCAGUGGUACGCGGCGCAAUCCGAUAGCUCGGUUGGUCUCAAUGGCACCAACAGUCCCGACUUUGGCUUUAAUGCCGGCUACUUUGUCAGCAAUUUCUCCAUCGACCUGGACUAUUUUGCUCAGCAGCACGUCUUCUUCGGAGGACAGCGCUGGCCGCGCCUCAUCAAUGCCAGCGACCUCGCCAAGGCUCGCGAUCUCGGUUGUGUGGCUGGCGACUCGCGAGCUUUGGUUCUGGACACGGGCGCCUGCCAAACGCAGUUCCAUGAUUGGAUGCAAGCUUAUGACGGCACGGGCGUCAGCGGCUUCUGGAACCUGGGCCCGGACCCUAGCAGCAACUAUACUUAUUCACUGCUUGAGGCCGUCCAACAGCGUGCCGCUCUCAGUAGCCCGGCGCUCACCCUGGGCCUCACUUCUACUUUUGUGCCCGGCUUGGAGCAAGUUGGGUACGCCACCACCGGCUGGGACGUGCCCUCAACCUGGGAUGGCCUGCAGCGCGUUGUCGUCAUGAUGCUUAACCUUGUCACCGCCGGGCAGCCCAUGGUGGCACCAGCCAUGCUCGGCGACGAUGUCAAUGUGGAUUCGACCCUGCUGGUGCGCUUCUACCAAGCCAGCGUCUUCUUUCCUCUGAUGCGAGUUCAACUGACCGUUGGCGACCCCACCCAGUGGCCAUUGCCCCAGAACUCGGACGGGCUGCUUCAAGCCGCAGUCCGUCUGCGCUAUCAGUGGCUCCCAUACAUGUACUCCACCUACUACGCCUUCACGCAGGGCGACCAUGCCCCCGUGCGCACCAUCGUCACCUCCUGCCAGGGCAGCACCUCGUGCCUGUUUGCAGACACAAACCAGUGGUUCUGGGGCCGCGUGCUUGUUGUACCUGCGCUCUCUGAGAAUGGGCUUGCGACAUCGUAUCUCCCACCGUCCAGUCCCCGGUGGUUUGUCUUCAAUACGACCACCACCUUGGCGACGGGUUCACAUCCCGUGUCGAUUCAAGUGGACGAGGUCAAACUUUAUGUGCCACCCGCCACCAUCAUUUUCCUCGGUGAUGAUUCAAUAAGUAACGUGUAUGCGACUCCAACGCAGGAGCUGCGGGUCCAUGUUUACGCGGGCGGUGACGCUAGUAUGGAAUACGUGGAGCCCCACCGCAACGGCUCGACCCUGCAUAUUUCCUUUACUUGGCUGGAGAAAUACCAGAUUUUGCAGUGGCAGCUUGUCAAUGGCACAGAGGCCCUCGAUUCGCGGUAUCUGUUGAUACGAGUCAUGGCCUUUUACGAUGAUCUAUCCGCACCCAUCGUGAGCUACCUGCGCACCUUUGUGGCUAACGGCUACGUGAGCUUCCAAGAGGAUCACGCCAAGGCCCUUGCGCAUGGACAGCACAAGGCGGGACGUCGUGUCGUCCAUUUCCAGCAGCUCGCACCUGGAACCGCCCAAGAUUGA